AUGUCCAUUGUCCCACAAAGACCAUAUUUGGCACCUGGUUGUUUGGGAGAUCAGGUCACCUACCCGAAGCGCUUUGUUUUCGCAGAAGACGUGGGGAGGGCUGAGCAGGCGUUGAAAUCCGUAGGAUUGGCUCAUCUGCUGGAUCGUCAAGAACACGGUUGGGCGGCUGUUUGCAGGUGGGAAGACGUACUGUCGGGAGGAGAGCAGCAGCGGAUUGCCCUUAGUAGGGCGCUCUUCCAUCAACCAGAUUUCGCAUUGCUGGAUGAAUGCACCUCCAUGGUGGCAGCGAAUGCAGAGGAACGCCUUUACGACUGUGUUACGGCUGUGGGCGUCACACCACUGACGAUGUCACAACGGUUGUUCCUUCCCAAACUUCACAAGCAAGAACUCCGCCUCGGCGUUGAUAGCCCAUCGAGAUGGCACUUGGCCCAGCUGCAGAAUGGCAGUGGUUGA